CUGGGGUUAAGGCUAGCGGCCGGACUCGUGCCGUGCACGGGGGCCGGGCGUGCCGCGGCGCCGCGCGCGGAUAAAAUGCCGCGCUCCGGCCCUGCCGAGACGGUCGCCGCUGCUGCGAAAGCGAUAGCCAGGUAGAGAGCUGGGCGCCGGUCGGGAGGGGGGAGACGCGGCACGCGCGCGCGCGAGCGAGCGAGGCCACCACCGUCCACCGCAGUGGGGAUCGUUGGUCGGUCGGGCGGAAGGGACAUGAUGGACCAGCUGAGCCUGGUGCCCUACGAGGGGGCCGGCGGCGGCGGCGACGGCAAGUACAAGGAGUGCAUGCGCAACCACGCGGCGGCCAUGGGCGGGCAGGCGUUCGACGGCUGCGGCGAGUACAUGCCGUCGUCGCCGGACGCGCUCAAGUGCGCGGCCUGCGGGUGCCACCGCAGCUUCCACCGCCGCGCCGCGGGCUCCUCCUCCCCCUCGUGCGGCGCCGCGGCGCCCGUCUUCUUCCGCCCGCCGCCGCAGCACUACCACCACCAGGCCGCGCUGCAGGCGUUCCUCCCCUCGGUGCCGGCGGCCGCGGCGCCGCACCUCGCGCUGCCGUACCACGCCGUGCCCAACGCCGCCGCCGCCGCCGCUGCGGCACCGUGGCUCGCGCGGUCCGGGUCCGAGACGCCCCCGCGGGCCGACGACUUCGGCGUCGCGGCCGGCACCGGCACCGGCAGCGGCAGCGGCAGCGGCAGCGGCAGCGGCGGGUUCGGGCGGAAGCGGUUCCGCACCAAGUUCACCCCGGAGCAGAAGGAGCGGAUGCGCGAGUUCGCGGAGAAGCAGGGGUGGCGCAUCCAGCGGAACGACGACGGCGCCCUGGAGCGCUUCUGCGACGAGAUCGGCGUGAAGCGGCAGGUGCUCAAGGUGUGGAUGCACAACCACAAGAACCAGCUCGCCUCCACCUCCCCCGCCGCCGCCGCCGCCGAGGGCAUCGGCAUCAACCCCGCCGCCCCCGGCAUGGGAACCGGCGCCGGCUCCGGCGCUGGCGUCUCCGGUGACGGCCACGACGACGACACCGACGGCUCCCCGCCCCACGCCGCCGUCUCCUCCCCCUCCCCGUCCCCCAUCAGCGUCUAGGCCAGCCGCAGCCGCCGAUCGAGGGCGCUCUCCCACUAAUGAGCCCCGCCCGCUUAAUCCCCCUAGGGUUUAGCGACUAAUUAGCUCUAGCUCUAGGUAACUGUCGGCCAGUCAGUGAGUACUUACUCAGUAGCUGCUCCAGCUUUGCUCCCACCCCUCCCUCGCGCUCAUGUUAACCUCCCCUCGCUGCCCCCCGUGACGCGGCCGCUCCGUACGUCCGUGCAGCCGCUUGAUUGGAGUAUUCUAGUUCUAGACCCUGCUGCUACACCGCACUGUCUCCUAAUCGUACCCAUCAUCAGUGACUAAUGAUUCGAGUAAUGCUAAAUCCUCCUGAAAUGCUUCGGAGUCGGUGCGUGGAAAUCUCCUUUGGAAGGAUCUGGGAUUUCUUUUUUGGCUUGAUUUGGUCGCGUCAUUUUCUUGGUACGACAAGUAAUCGCGUUGUUCGUCUGGUUUUGUCUCUGCAACUGUCGCUGCGAGGAAAAGAAGCCUGAUAUUUUUUUUUUGACGAAAA